CGCGGCCGGGGUCGGAGUAAGGCAGCGCCCCGCUGUCUGUCGCCCUGGCGCCCACGCGGGGCCCCCUUCCGGAGGUGGGAGGCGGGGCUGUCCUAGUUGCAGUGCGGGUCCAGCCAUAGUGCACGGGGCUCUGGCCCCGCCACCUCGCCGUGGUUCACCUGCGCGAGGUCACGGUGCGCCUGGCCGCUGAGCAUGAAAAAAGCAGUGUCGCUGAUAAAUGCAAUAGAUAUAGGAAGAUUUCCACGAUUGCUCACCCGAAUUCUUCAAAAACUUCACCUGAAGGCCGAGAACAGUUUCAGUGAAGAAGAGGAAGAAAAACUUCAAGCUGCAUUUUCUCUAGAGAAACAAGAUCUUCACCUAGUUCUUGAAACAAUAUCAUUCAUUUUAGAACAGGCAGUAUAUUACAAUGUGAAACCCACAGCUUUGCAGCAGCAGUUAGAGAACAUUCAUCUUCAACAAGACAAAGUAGAAGCAUUUGUCAGUGCUUGGUCUUCCAUGGGUCAAGAAACAGUUGAAAAAUUCAGGCAGAGGAUUCUUGCUCCCCAAAAGCUAGAGACGGUCGGAUGGCAGCUUAACCUUCAGAUGGCUCAUUCUGCUCAAGCAAAACUGAAAUCUCCUCAAGCUGUUCUACAGCUAGGAGUGAGCAAUGAGGAUUCGAAGAAUAUGGAAAAGGUUCUUGUGGAAUUCAGUCACAAGGAGCUGUUUGAUUUCUAUAACAAGCUGGAGACCAUACAGGCACAGCUGGAUUCCCUUACAUGAUGCUCCUGACGACUGGUUUCUCCAGCACACGCCUGCCACCUCAUUGUUUUGCUUUGAAGAUAGACUGCCAGGUUGUGUUUUCUGAAGGAUUCAGUAGUUUUCUUCUUGUAAAUUAUAUGGUUUGUCACUUCUUAGACAAAUAAUAGCUAAGAGAAAUCAUUUCCUGAGGACUGAGGUUCCAAUAUACAUUCUCUGGUUCCAUGAGCCAACAGCAAGCAAUUGUUGAGAGCACUUCUGUUUAAAAAAAAAAAACAGAAGUGAAUGCCAUAUUGUUUUUACUGUCCUAUUUGUGCUUUAUUGCCUAACAAGCUUUUUUUUUACAUACUUGAUGAUACCUACAGAAUCCCUGGAUACAAGAACUCCAGUAAUUACCUUAAUAAAAGUAAGAAAGCAGCCACAUGCAGUCACAGUACAGUAUUUUUCUUUGAAUAUAAUGAGUAUAUUUUGCUAUGGAAAUAAUAUAGGAAAGCAAUUAAAAAUAGAGUUAGUGUCCCUGGCUGAUGUAGCUCAGUGGAUUGAGCACAGGCCUGCGAACCAAAAGAUCGCAGUUCAAUUCCCCGUCAGGACACAUGCCUGGGUUGCAGGCCAGUUCCCAGCAGGGGACCUGUGAGAAGCAACCAUACAUUGAUAUUUCUCUCCUUCUCUCCUUCCCUUCCCUUCUAAAGAUAAAUAAAUAAAAUUAAAAAAAUAGAGUUAGUACUAGUGUAUCGGGUAAUUCCAGUGUGGGCUUCUCUGCAUUUUAAUUUUUUAUCUGAGUUUCAUGAUUUAAUAACAGUCCAGGUUUUUGUAUGGUUUUUUUUGUGCUGCAGAUUAAUAAUGAUUCACUUCAUAGUAUGGGAGACAGAUUCAGAUUAUGACUAAAAAGAAUUGUAAUAAAUGCUAAAUGGGUAUCCUUAAAAUUUCAAAACAUAACUUUUACAUUCACUUUCUAUAUAUAUAUGUUAAUUAAUUUUAGUCAAUAAAUUUUUUCUUAGAAUUAGCACAGUACUUUAUGCUAUGAAUAUAUAUAAAUAUGAGUA